AUGAGGCGUAUCUUUCUGCCCUUGGCAGCCUCAGCUCUCUUCCUGCUGGGACGUGUGAUGGCUUCAGAAGAAAAGGAGCUCGGAGAAGCACUGCAGCUUCAAAUCAUCAACUUUAAUUUCGAAACUGUGAAGGUUACGUGGAAUGCAAGUGAAUACUCUGGGACUAAUUUGACAUUCCUCCUCAAGUUAAGCGGCAAUGAGGCGUACAGACCAUGCUCCAAGUAUACCCUUCAACAAGGUUACACUGCCGGGUGCCUCCUGGAAGUAGAAAAAGAUGCAGUUCUACAUUUUUCCAUCAGGAAUGGAACUCAGCCCCUUCUCAGCAAGAGUUUGUGGAUCAGUAACUACCUGAAACCCAGAUCCCUGAGUGACCUGAGUUUCCAGUGGCAUCAGGGAGCAGUGACAGUGACUUGCUCUGACCUGUGGUACAAAGGUCUCGUGUAUGAAAUCCAGCACAAGAGCACCUUUGACACCGAGUGGCAGUCCAAGGAGGCAAAAACCUGCAAUGUCACGCUCGACAGUUUGGAUGCUGAGAAGUGUUAUUUCUUUCGGGCCAGAGUGAAAACGCUGGAGUCCAGCUACGGCUCUGACACAUACCCAAGUGACUGGUCAGAGGUGAUACACCAGCAGAGGGGCAAGCUAACAGAUUUGUGCCGGGAAAACAGCCUUUUCCCAAAUUUUAUUUUAGUUGCUGGCAUGGUCACCUUCCUGAUAGCCUCCCUUCUCCUUCUGCCUUUAUGGAAACUACGGAGGGUUAAGAAGGUUCUCAUGCCCAGUGUGCCGGAUCCGAGAUUCACCUUCUCUGGGCUCUUUGAGUCUCACCAAGGUAACUUCCAGGAGUGGAUCAAGGACACGCAGAACGUGGCUCACUUGAAUAAGAUGGAAGACGGGGAGCAGGAGUCCAUCCCGGAAGAGGCCGCGGUGGUCCAGCUGGCAGAGGUGCCCGUGACAGCAGUGACGAGCCCUGUGUACCGGCAGACGGAGGAGGAAGAGGCCACCAGGAAGCCCGGCCAGCUCCCUCGCCAGCCCCCCCAGGACGGCGAGGUGGUCUCUCUCGGGAAUUUUACGUUUGUGACGAGUGACAACUCAUACGUGCGGUUCUGAGGGGGUGCAAACUCAAAAGCCAACAUCAAAAUCUACGUUGACAUUGUAGGACCCAGGACAGCAUC